GAGGACGAGGACUUCUCAUUCAAAAAAAUUUCGAUCACUGCUCGAAGUUCAAAAAAGGGCUGAAGGACUUUCCCACAACUAAGCCAACCUACAGCAGUAUGAUAAGUGUUCAUUAGUCAGAAAGGACAGGAGCAAUAUCUAGAAUGGUACAACAAAUUCAUAUCUUCAUAUAGUUCACAAAUAAAAAUAGAAACUGUAAUCAUAGAUCAAGAAGAUAUGGAAGGUAAUUCCAAUAUAUGCAACAGUUUAACAAAUGGUGGGAAUUUAGUAUUGGAUAUCAGUUGGUUUGAAGAUGAAGAAAUAAGAUCAUUAUUGUUAGAAGCUGGUGUACCAUAUAUUAAAUUGGAUGUUUCUCUUGCACCAUUCCUGAAUUUAUUGGACGGUUAUUUGGACUUGAGAAAUGCAACAGACGUAACCUUUAUUUUUGAAGACCCUUCUUAUAUAGAUCAAACUCUCUACUUUUGGAUGAACUCUGCAAAAAUGAGGAUGUUGAUGACGGAAACUUUGAAUGUCGCUACAGUUAAAAAACUCAAGUACCUUCGACCAAUGCCAAAUAAUUACGCGCUAUUAGCUUCAACAGAUAAUAUGAAUAAGCUUUUCAAAACGGCGAUGGCACAUAAACUUGUGAUGCUACCUGAAAGAUGGAAUCUGAUAUUCCUGGACUUCAAUUAUAUACAUUUUGAAAAGAAAUACUUACAACAACCUUUGAAUCUACUACAUUUGAGUCCAGAAAUGUGCUGCUACAUUCUAAAUAAAAACAGUUACUGUGAUUGUCCUGACGAUUUCAACUUAAAGUAUGAGUACUUCAUAAAAGUACUUCGCCUAAUAUUCAACUGUGUUAACGAUCUUAUAAUCCAAGGACGUACUAUACCGAAUUAUGCUUGUAAUACAUCAAUAGCAAAUAAUCAGUUCGGGAACAGUUUCGAAGAAAUGUUAAAUAAUUAUAUCGAAAAUGACGGAAUUUUGGCAUUUAAUUAUUCCAAAAUAACUCUAAAGACUUACGGGUUCAUAGAAACCGCUGGAAAUAAAAGCAGAACUAUACUUGCUAAAUAUGAUAAUGGAGUUGUUACUACUGUGGAAAAUAGGACAAUUAAACCGAUAAAAAGUUUCUAUGGCAUUGGAGUAGCACACGCAAUUCCUUGGUCUUAUAAAGAACUAGAUCCUGUCACUGGAAAAUGGAUAUGGACUGGGUACUGUAUCGACUUCGCUAGAAAAUUAGCUGAAAUCUUAAAUUUCGACUAUCAACUUGUGGAACCAAAGGAAGGAACUUUUGGCAAAAAAAUUAAUGGAGUUUGGAACGGUGUUGUGGGAGAUUUAGUUUCUGGUAGAACAGAUCUUGCAAUUACAACUCUUAUUAUGACAGCCGAUAAGGAGGAAGUCAUUGAUUUUGUCGCCCCCUAUUUUGAACAAACUGGUAUCACAAUUGUAAUGCGGAAACCCGUAAGAAAAACUUCAUUAUUCAAAUUCAUGACUGUUCUCAAAUUGGAGGUGUGGUUCAGUAUUGUGGCGGCUUUGGUAGUAACCGGAUUCAUGGUAUGGUUUUUAGACAAAUAUUCUCCUUACAGUGCAAGGAACAAUAAGAAAGCGUAUCCAUACCCUUGCAGGGAAUUUACUUUGAAAGAAAGUUUUUGGUUCGCCUUAACGUCUUUCACGCCACAAGGUGGUGGAGAAGCUCCGAAAGCUCUAUCCGGAAGAACACUCGUUGCUGCAUAUUGGUUGUUCGUCGUUUUAAUGCUGGCAACUUUUACGGCAAAUUUGGCGGCUUUCUUAACAGUCGAAAGAAUGCAGGCACCGGUUCAAUCAUUAGAACAACUAGCUAGGCAAUCAAGAAUCAACUAUACUGUUGUAGCUAAUUCCCAAACACACCAAUACUUUAUUAAUAUGAAAUUUGCCGAAGACACUCUUUAUAGGAUGUGGAAAGAGUUGACAUUGAAUGCUUCAAAUGAUGAUAAUAGGUACCGCGUAUGGGACUAUCCUAUAAAAGAACAAUAUGGUCACAUCCUUUUGGCUAUAAAUGAUUCAAAUCCAGUAAAAGACGCCGAAGAAGGAUUUAAAAAUGUUAACGAACAUUUAGAUGCUGACUAUGCUUUUAUUCACGAUUCCAGUUCGAUUAAAUAUGAAAUUAGCAGAAAUUGUAAUCUCACUGAAGUUGGAGAAGUUUUUGCGGAGAGACCUUACGCAGUGGCCGUUCAACAAGGAAGUCAUUUACAGGAUGAUAUAAGUAAAACAAUAUUGAAACUUCAAAAAGAUCGAUUCUUUGAAGGUUUGCAGGAGAAAUAUUGGAAUCAUUCUUCAAAAGGAGACUGUCCCAGUACUGACGAUAAUGAGGGAAUUACACUUGAAAGUUUAGGGGGAGUAUUUAUAGCAACUCUAUUCGGUUUAGCUUUGGCCAUGAUCACUUUGGCAGGAGAAGUAUUCUAUUACAGAAAAAAACAAGUCAAAGACAACAAAGUAGUACAAGUUAAACAACCAAGUAACAAAGCUAUAUCGACUAUAUCAUCCCAAUUUUAUCCCAAUGAAAUCAACCCGAUAAAAAUAGCUAUAAAACCAGCAGAUUUUGGUAGAAAUUUCAGUGAAGACUCGUGGAAGAAUCCGGGCAUUACUUUGUAUCCAAAAGGAAGAAACAGAAUUGAUAAAUUUAAAUUUGAAAAGCAUUAGAGUUUUAUCAUUAAUAGAAGUUGGUCAUAGAAAUUAUUUAGGUACAACGAACAAGUACUAUAAAUAUACAAUGUGAAAUAAAAAGAAUCGAAUCGAUAGGUAGAUUGCACAAACAAUAAAUAAGAAGGCUACUGCACGGUGUUUUGCUUGAUCUUCAUCUUCAACAAAAAAAUACUUCACAGAUAACAAUGUUCCUAGCCUAAGAUUUUUACUAUCAAUCAAAUAAUAAGACGAAUUCCUACAACAGCAUCAUAGACUAGAGUACUUUUCAUUAUACCUAAUUGUCAUAAUAUUAGCUGUUUUCUCAAUAUUUACUCUACUUUUCCAAAUACCCUAUCCGCUAAGAGAAAGCUAAUAGUACAAAACGAAUAAGUAAUCAUAAUCCUUUCUACUUUACUGUUUAAUAGUUUCAAACAUAUGAAGAGCUUAUCUAUCACUCCUUUGCCUUGUAGUAACUCUGUUCAGUGUUAGAAAUGUGUUUAGCACAACUCUUCCCUGGAUCACAUCACUAUCACAAAAAAUACUUCUCCUCCUGGAUCAAACAAUCUCUUAUAAGCUUCUUUAUAGUUUCAAUAACUUCACACCCAUAAACUUAAUUAUAUUUCACCUGUUUGGAUAACAAUUGGACCUAUUGAGUAGGCCACUCAUACGUUAUCCUUGCAACCAUUCAUACACUUUUGACUCACUGAAACUUCCAAUUUCCUAACCUCUCACCUGCUCUUAAUCACUACUUUCAUAAUUUGGACUAACUCUAAUCAUUAUUUCUGCUUAAUUGAAGUGAUUUAGUAAUUCUGUUAUUUACAUAAAUAAACACAAGUGAGUGA